UACCAGGCCGUAUGGAUGAUCAGUGCGGGAACCUCCGUUGACCUGGAGCUGGGACUUCGCACCAUCGCGUCGGAAGAUUUGAAAAUCACACUAAACACCCAAGAGUCCAUGCAGUCCGAGACUGACGAUCUCGCUGGGUUGGUUCGGGUAGUAAAAUCGCAACUAGAGAACGAAAAGAGGACAUGGCUCCUCAUCUUGGAUGGGUAUAAUGACACCGCUGACUAUGACAUAAAGCACUAUCUCCCUUCAGCAGCUACCCAUCCUUCAUCUUCGGAUCUUCCUCCGCAUUUAGGCACCAUCAUCAUCACGACCACCGACGCCUCUCUCCGCCUGCAACUCGGCGAGGACUCUAUAUCGGUGUACAAUCUUUCAGUAAACGAUGCAACCCGUAUCUUCAAGCACGAGAUCAGGCCCAUCCCUAAUGCUGCACUUAUCGAAAAUGUAGUCGGGGAUAUUUUGGCUAAGCUGCAGUUGCACCCGGUGGCUAUUAAGAUAGCUGCAGGAAUCAUCCGAAAAAAACCUCCAACACAGCCCAUCCACAAAGCACUGGAGAAUCUUCUUAGGGACCUAUCGAAAGACACUCUUUCCCCGGGAACCGAAGUGAAUGAUAUCCUUGAGGGCGUAUGGAGACCAUGGGAAAUUUCCGUAGCCAAACUUCGCCGUGAAGAGGUCAAACAGCCAACAGGGUCCUUGGAGCUUUUGGAGCUUCUCGGUUUUCUAAACGGCAACGGCUUGAGCUGCAACGCCGCCGAAGCAGCGUGGACGGCAAUUAAGAAAACCCCCACCAGCUUUUCUAGCAAAGGUCUCAGCUGCUUCACGCAGGGUAGUCAGUGGGAAGAGAGUAGUUUCCCUAAAGCGGUAAAGACACUCGAAAACGCCGGGCUAAUUAAUGUUGUCGAAACUGAAGACGAUGUCAUCGUCUCUAUGGAACCGUUAAUAAGCCUGUGUGCAUUCAACUACCUUUUUAUCACCUUAGAGGACAAGAAGAGCGCCUGGAUCAGGGCCAUGGCAACACUUGCCAUCAUGGCACCAACAGGAUCCUCGGACUCGGACCGCGCCUCGCGACGGGGCCUAGCUCCUCAUGUUCAGAGUUGCCUGGUAAGAUCCCCGGGAUAUGAGAUACUCUGGACAGCAUAUGACCUCAAUCUUGCUACCGACAUUGUCCUUGUUUUAGGAAAGGUCCUAUUCGAGAACGGGCUCGCCGAGAAUACAAAGUCUUUAUUAUCGAAGUUACUUACUCAACUGUCUGAAAAGGGUGGCAAGAUCGACGAGAUCAAGGCUCUUGACGCGAAGAUGUUCCUUGCAACAACGCUCCACGACAUGGGAGACCGAAGCCAAGCACUUACCUUACGGAAAGAAAUCUUCGAGGCUUGCAAACGGCAGAGGGGUAAAGCAGGACCUGGUGGUGAGGCCGAAUUGCGCCAUCACUACGCUGCCAGUGCGUUGGCGGAAUCAUUAACCUUGCUUCCUGAACGACGUGUCGAGGCUGCUAAUCUUCUCAGAGAUGUGCACAAUCUGACGGCACUUCUAUCGCCACCGGGCGAGGUAUCAGCAGCACUCCUUCGCACCAAAUCAAGGCUAGCUAAGGUGCUAUAUCAGCUCGGUGCACAUCGCCACGCUUUCAAUCUCCGCGACGAAGUAGUAAAGAUUUUAGAUGGGCAAUCAAACCCACAAAAUGAACAAUAUAAGAUGGAGGCAAAGGAAGAGUUGGCCCAGAGUUUGUCAAAGACAGGACGUCACACAGAAGCUCUCAAACUCCGAGAAAUUAUACAUGAGUUCCGUCUGGCCACACUUUGCCUAGCACACCCAGAAACGAGUCUAGCUUUCAUCAAUUUGGCUAUUUCCCGUGAAAAAGUAAAGCCCUCGGCUAAGGAGAUCCCCCCAUCUGAGGAAAUCACCAUCGACGAUGCGGAAGAGGCUGAGAAAAGGCUAUCAAGUGUGCUGGGUGAACAUCACACCGUGACGCUCCGGGCCAAAUCCAACAUAGCUCGUCUUUACUUAGCCAGAAAGAACUUCGGAAAGGCCUUCAGCAAGUUGUUGGAGGUAAGACGAGUCAUGGCUAGCCGUGGUGUCAAGCUAGAACGCAAGCAAAAGGGGGACUACGACCAAGAUAUGCUGGACUACGAUUGCCUGCAUGCUGAGCUGCUCCUGCGGCGCUGGACUGAAGAUGACGAGCGGAAUGCCUUGGUGCUAUGGAGACAGAUUGCCAAGCGCCUCGAUAAGCAAAAAGCAGGGACUCGGCAGGUGUCGAAUGCGAUCCUCAAGGUGGCACGGUGUUAUAUAAAGCGCAACGAAUUGAACAAUGCUGAAGCGAAGGUGGAGAAGGCAAGAGGACUCCUGCAAGAUGGCUUUUACGACAAUACGUUAGAUUGCAAAGCACUCCUGGCCGAUAUUCUAGAAAAACGAGCAGAUUCGUGGGACUUAUCUGGCUCGUAUAAGAGCGGCUCUGAAGAUGGCCAGAAACAGGAAAUCAAGUCUAACGGAGGGUAUCUCCCCGAGGACCGCAACACACGUUUUCGCUACGUAUGGUCGUGCCGGAACGAGAAUUGUCAACACAUUGCCGGGAAUACCGCGAAGCCUUAUGUCAAGGAAGCCUGCUACUGCAGAUUUUCUCGACGUCGAGCCGGUAGAAUGAUUUGUUGCUGCUGCCGUUGUUAUAUGCGAUUCGAAUAUCUAGAGUCGGACGACUCCUGCUCAUAUGACACUGACUCGUCGAGCUGCCGCAACAUAUAUGAAGGUGUCUAUUUUAGUCGGGAUGAGAUAUUCCGCUGCUACAAUCGGCAGUGCCGAAAGCUUCGCCACACAUGCGCCAUCGUCAGUGACUGGCUGCCUCAAGACAUGAUGCCUAGCAAGGCCGGGUGUUUCUGUCGCCCUUCUGUUAGCUUGCCAGAUGCCAUGCUCUGUUGCCACUGCCACAAACCGAUGAUCGCCGUGUACAGGCGCAAAAGAUGGAGCUGGGGGAUGGCCGAUGACUCCAGCCAGGACUUGGACAGCUGGGAAGCUCCUAGUGACUUGGGCACUGAUUGUCCCAGCGGGUCAGAUGACUUUCUGUCUGUGAUUGACCCCAACGACCUACCAGAGCCAUAUCCUUCUACUAGUGAGGAUGGCGAUGACGACUACGACGGCGAUGACGACUACGACGGCGAUGACGACGACGAUGAUGAUGACUAA